AUGUGUGUAGAAGAAAAUGUUCAUGUUAUUUUUAAUGAACCUAACAACCUUAUUGAGAAAGGUUUGCAAGAUGAAAACUAUGACAUAGGGCUCACUGAUGAAAGAACCUCUAGAGAACUUGAACAACAAUCUGAAGGAGGAUUAGGGAAUCUUGAGGAAGUUGAGAGUGAAUGGGAAGAGCAAGAAGAGGAGAGAACUACACUGAUUGAUACUCAGACAGAUAAAGCUGUAAUUACUGACACUGAUCCUUUGGGUCACUCCCUGCCUGAACAAUCUUUGGCAUGUCGAAUGCAUCUCGAAGCUAUUCGCCGGCGCCGUCUUCGGGUUUUCGCGGCAACAUCUCCAUCGCCUCAGGUUUCCUCUGUGACAAUUUCUCUACAUACUUCAGGCCUCGAUGACUGCACCAUUCAGUCGUACCCAAAGGUAAUCCUUGGUGAAAGUAGACGUCUUCCGGGGCUUAACGCACCAACUUGCCCAAUAUGUCUAGUUGAGUACAGUGCUGGAGAGUCAGUGAGGCUUAUACCUUUGUGUCAACAUAGCUUCCAUGCCGACUGUGUUGAUGAGUGGUUAAAGAUGAAGGGCACCUGCCCCGUUUGCCGAAAUUCUCCACCUAUCUUAGAAAACCACAAGCUUGACCAAAUUAGCGCCGAGGGUGCAAUGGAGUGA